AUGCACUUUCUGAAAAAUCAUCAAAUUACAAUUAUCACAAUUUUACUCGCAAUAUUCACGAUCGGAACAAUCGCACAAAUGCCACAAAUGCCGCAAGUGCCGAUGCAAAUGCCUGAUAUGCCGCAAAUGGGAGGCGGUGGCCCUGGUAGUUCGCCUAGUCUCGGUAGUCCAAAAGGAGGUGCUAGUAAACCGGGUAGUUCUGGUCCUGCGGGAAAACCACAAACAGCUGGCGGUGUACCUGCUACCGGUGCUGGAGGUGUACCUAGUGCACCUCAAUCUAGUACUGAACAAGCCGCAAAACCACAAGCCGCUGGUGGUGGUGGUGCUACUCAACAACCGGGUUCUCCAGACGCUCAUGCUGUUGCUGGUGCCACCCCAUCUUCUGCAGCAACUCAUGCGGCAUCUAGUUCUCCAACCUCGACGAAUAAAGUUUCCACUACGACGACCCCUUCGAAAAUUCCUACGCCAACAAAUUCUUCGGCUGUCGCUAAAAAUCUAAACAAUAAUGCUAUGGUUAGCUUGGCGUUUACGAUGCUUAUUAUUGCCAUAAUUUUUACUCUCAACUGA